UAGUGAGCCACCUUAAAAAUGCAGCAAACUACAUGUAAUAUAUAAAAACAGCCACUAUUCCAUGUUAAAAUUACCGUUAUUUAUAGUUAGUAAAUAUAUAUUGAGCUUAUCUUUGCUUUACUUGACCAAUUUAUUUAUUUUGCUCCAAGGUCAUCGGACAUGCACAAACGUGAAAUAAUUUUUUUGGCGCGAAACCCUCUAUGACGUCAAAAAAAUAAAUAAACGUAUGCUAGCCGUUACGGGUGUUCUUCUCUCGAAAUAAAAGACCAUGGAAAACAUUUUACAUAUGAAAAUGGAAUAUAGACAUAUGGAUCAGUCCAUCCACACAAGGGAAAGGCCGAGGGACACACCUUUGCACUCACGGGCGACGCUAUUGACGCCGACAGCGGACAAAGACAGCAGACGGUCUUGGAUUGUGUGUGGCGCGGUGAUCGUGACGCAGAUUCUAAUCCUUGGCGUCCUUUACGUGUUUGGAAUCUUCUUUGUGGUUCUGACGCAUGAAUUUGCGUCCACCAAAGCCAAUGUUGCAUGGAUUGGAUCCGUGGCCUAUGGACUGUCGAUGACAUUUGGACCUGUGGCCAGCGCCCUGGUUAACCGCUUCGGACACCGUGUGGUAAUGAUAACCGGAGGAAUCCUGUGCUCCAUUGCCGUCUUUGGCUCCUCCUUCGUGACAGAACUGGGUCAGAUGUUUGGUUCCUUCUCCGUUAUCUACGGAAUAGGAGCCUGCAUGUCAAUAAGCCCCACUAUGACAAUCGCGCCAAACUACUUCGACAAGUACAUGACUCUUGCUGUGGGCCUUAUGACGGCCGGUAGCAGUGUUGGUACUUUGAUUAUGGCGCCUCUGUCUCAAGCGCUUAUUGACGCCAUUGGUUGGAGGAACACGUUCCGCUGCUUCGCAGGGACUUGCCUUUUCAGCGCUGCCUGUUGCUGCUUGGUGCGACCUUUGCCCUCGGCGGCCGCGGAAACACCACUGGAGACAAUAAAACAGUCCCCCGCCGGAAAAUUGAUGAAGGAACUGAAACUCUGGAAGAACAGGGUGUUUAUCAUUUGGACCUGCGCGGUUACAUGCGUGAUGUUUGGCUACUACAUCCCCUAUGUCCAUUUGGUUUCCUACGCACAAGACAUUGGGAUUCCGCCCGAGAAAGGAUCGAUGCUCAUUAUGGUCCUGGGGAUAUCCACUGCAUUCGGCCGCAUCAUGUUCGGCAAGAUCGUCGGUCUGGGCGUCCUAAACCGCCUUCACAUGCAUCAGUUAUCGAUGGUGGUAACUGGAACAGCCGUGAUGAUGUUGCCGAUGAUUCGCUCGUUUACAGGAAUAAUCCUGUACGUUGUGAUCAUAGGAUUGGUUGACGGCUGUUACGUUGUCCUCCUCCCGGUAUUGACGGUGUCUCUGAUGGCGGGAGAAAAUUCCGUGACGGCCUGGGGCUUUCUGAUUGGGACUAGUUCUGUUACAUUCACGCUUGGUCCCCCUGUGGCUGGUGCUUUGUAUGACGCGCUGGGGUCGUAUAACGUAGCUUUCCACUGCGCUGGAAUCCCCGUCAUAAGCGGCGCCCUGAUUCUGUUCUUCAUCCCGUGGGCGCAGCGAACGUCACGCAGCGUGAACGCCAUGGUAGUGGUAAGCGAUCUGGACUGCCCGGACCGGGAAAAAUACGACUUCGCAGACGACUUGGUAGAAAGGGCAAAAAGUGGGCGCGAGCGUCGCUCUAUGUCCGUUGGGAAUGACGGCUUUGUUGAUAUUGCCCACAUAGAUCUCCGUUUUCCCGACCAAGAGGAACCAAGCAAAGGAAACCUACGGGACCAAGGAACGUCCAUGUCUCCGGAGGAUAUUAAGCAUGUCCCACAGGAUCUCGGCCAAGCCAUCUCCAUGCUGCAAGAGAACGCCAGACUCAUAUCCGAGAUGUUGGCUAACUGCAACCCGCAACCCCGAGCUGAAACAGCGCAGCACGAGAACUGGAGCGCCAAAUCUCGCAGCGAAAUGGUUCAGCCGACAGCUUUGGACAUUCAGCCACAGAAGAUGAUUAGCAUUAUGUCUAUUCCUGGGGGACUCACCAUAAGUCACUGGGAGCCACGAGCACCCAACCAAUCAGAUUCCGUAAGCAACCCGCCGUCCAUGAUGAGUUCCCAGAGCUAUCUCCAGAACGCACAGUCAUUCCAUUCGAGGAAUAUUUCUGACUUUGGAUCCCCAGGAACGCAAGCCUACAGUCCACAACAGCAUCACCAUCAGAAUGUAGCGACAGUUACAUCACCGAGUGGAAGGACCACAAAUCCGUUCCUGACUUCUCCGAGUCAAACUGCCACCAUCAAGCAAGAUCCAGUAGAUACGACUGCCUCAGACAAAAUAAACAUAGAACUUUCGAAAAAGAGCUCCAGUGACAGAGCAAGAGGCACAGAAAGCCCCUCAACUAGCAAAUAUCUUUCCCCUCCCUCACCACAGGGACCAGUUAAAAGCCCUAAACACUCUGGAACCUCUGGCCUCUCCCCAAGACCUACAGUUAUCUCCCCUGUGCUGUGUCCAAUACCUGAAGUAACAAACAAACAUGCAAUUGACAUUCAUCCUCCAGCACCGAGGGCAGAUGAAGUGUCUGCUGAAAAUGACCUUGACACAUGGAUAGACAAUUCACCAAAUGACCCUGACCUCUGUUUGAGACAAAACAGUACCUCGGGGCAGGAAUUAGUGGCCUUACCGUGUGGCAGUGCAGGAACUUCUUCAGACAUGGGAGUUCAGUCCGAUUCCAACUCUUCUGUGAAGGAGUCUGAAAGUGCUGCCUCAGCCCGAGAGAUUGAUGUGUUUACUCAUCUCUUUGAUGACCAGGAGGAUCAAGCUACGUAGCAUCAAAGCUGAGAAAAGAUUCGCAUCUGAAAUACAUUGCUUACAAUCGUCAGUAGUUUUAACACCCAGAAUGAUUGUGAUCCAGGUAGUGUAUUUUGACCUUAUAAAAUGUCAAGGUCACUGAAGUUAGUCUUUGACCUUGACCUUCAACACAUAAAAUGUUGAAAAUGGUUUUUCACUGACAACUGAAUGGUGGAAAACAUCAUAUAAAUGUG